UCCUUAAGAAGAGUUUGGGGGAACUUUUUAAUCAGUUGCCUUAUUUUAAAACUCAUUUUCAUAUUUUACCAAAAAUUUAGCAAGAAUGUAGUGUCCUGGGUUCUAUAAUAUUAGUACAUUUUCCUGCCUUACCACAGUGAAGGCCAGCAGACAUUGAGUAGAAGAUGUUUGGUCUCUCUCUCAGGAUCUUACAUAGACAUGAGUUAGAACAGUUGACAUUUUGGUAGCUUUGUUGUAGUCAGGUCAUAUUUUCCUAGCAGUCUGUCAGACCUAAGUAAGAUAAGUAAAAGUUAGAAGCUCCCAAAGGCCCGCAGGUUGCAAUCUUUGGAUAUAAUGAGAAGGUACUUGGUUUGAGUUUAGAGGAGAUGAUAACCUUUGAAGGAGCCGUUUAUAACUUGGGAAGUUAUUAUAUUUCAUGUUAAAGAAACAGGUUUUUAUGACCUUAGUUUUCACUGGUGUGGUCAAACGAAGAACAUCUUCAACUGUAGAAUUUGUGCUGUGGGAGUAUAAAGGGCAGUGAUAUCAAGCACCACUUUAGGUAGUGUUUGUUGUUAGAUGCCAUCAAGUUGAUUUUUGACUCAUAGCGACUCCAUGUGACAGAGUAGUACUGCCCCAUAGGGUUUUUCUAGACUCUGAUCUUUACAGGAGCAGAUCACCAAGUCUUUGCUGCAGAGCCACCGGUGGGUUCAAUUAGCAGCCGAGUGCUUAACCAUUGUGCAGCCAGGCCUCCUUAGCUAGUAUUUCGCUCCAAAGAAAAAUAUAAAUGUUGAAAUUGCUGUAAUAUUGCAGAUUACAAUAACCUUAAUGAAAUUACUGUAUUCUAGGUGGUAGCAACCAUUGUUGCAUAUUUUUUGUUAUUGGGAACCUUCUGUGUCUGGUUGCUGGGAGGUUGCCGUGAUAACAUUCUGAGUUGGGUAGGGAGUAGUGAACCGUGGAAUCAGUGGCAACCCAGGACGCUCAGGCUUGGAGCUAGGCUGUCUGGGAAGUCUGCAGUGUGUUGGAGUCACGCUCGACAUGGACCAGAAGGCUCUGAAGAAACUGGUGGAAUCCAUAAGUAAAACUGUCAAGAGCUUCAAAAAAAGUGAAAUUGAGGGUCUCAUAAGGCUUUUUCACAGCUUGGUGAAAAGAACUGAUGAAAGACUUAAUCAGAUGGGGCUAGAUCGUAGUGCAUUUCGAGAGAUCCUACACAGCAUAUUUGGAAUGACUGAUGAUAUGCUGAUGGAUAGGGUGUUUUUUGCAUUUGACAAAGACAAUGAUAGCCGCAUAAAUGUAAAUGAGUGGGUUAAAGGAUUGUCAGUGUUUCUUCGAGGGACUUUUGAAGAAAAGCUGAAGUUCUGUUUUGAAGUUUAUUAUUUGAAUGGUGAUGGUUACAUUUCUCAAGAUGAAAUAUUUGACAUGUUGAAGAACAGUCUGUACCAACAGUCGUCUGAAGAAGAGACUGAUGAAGGAGUCAAAGAACUGGUAGAAAUCACAAUGAAGAAAAUGGAUUAUGACAACGAUGGCAAGAUAUCUUUUGCAGAUUUUGAAAGAGCAGUAAAAAACGACAGACUUUUGUUGGAGGUGUUUGGACCAUGUUUACCAGAAGCGCAGGUACAGUUACAAGUGCCAACUGCCCAGAUAAGUUGAGGAAAAAUAUAAGCAAC